GAUAAAUAUGAAUUUAGAUUCCAUUCAUCGGUUAAUUGAAGAAACACAAAUCUUCCAGAUGCAGCAGUCAUCAGUUAAACCACCGUGUGACCUGGGGGCACCUGCCUCAUCCCGCAGGGACACCUGUAGCUCCUGUUUGCCCCUUCAUGCGCUGCAAUCUCAUGCCGCUCACAACUCCCAUGCUCAUUCCUGCAACAUCAACGACUGGGGCAUUUGUGAAGAACUUCGCCUGCGGGAACUGGAGGAGGUCAAGGCCAGAGCUGCUCAGAUGGAGAAGACCAUGCGAUGGUGGUCAGACUGCACGGCCAACUGGAGAGAAAAGUGGAGUAAAGUUCGAGCUGAAAGGAACAGCGCCAGGGAGGAAGGAAGACAACUCAGAAUAAAAUUAGAGAUGACCAUGAAGGAAUUGAGUGCCUUGAAAAAAAAGCAAAGUUUGUCACAUCAAAAAGAGGCCUUGGAAGCUAGAGUCACCCAGGACCGGAAGCUUCCUAGUUUCAUAGAAGUGUCCUAUGCACAGAGAGACCCCUUUCAAAUUGGUUCCAAAACGUGUGAGUCCAUCAGAGAGUGCUUGGGAAAGAGAGAAUAUCCUACCAAGGAGAACAUAAAUAGUAAGGAAGAAGGUUUGAUUAUUGACCCAUUAAAAUUAAAUGAAGAGGUGAAACUCAAUCUAGAUAGUCCUGAUUUAUUCAAGAAUGGUGGUUCUGAAAACCGUACAGUGAGACCUGGAUUAAGACUGCAGGCAAUAAAUCUGCCUCUGGAGAAUGGAGUUCCUGAAAUUUCAGCUUUGCAGGUGCAUUUGGAUGAGUUCCAAAAAAUCUUAUGGAAAGAAAGAGAAAUGCGCUCAUCUUUGGAAAAAGAAAUAGAACGGCUGGAGUCAGCUUUGUCUGUGUGGAAAUGGAAGUAUGAAGAACUGAAAGAAUCAAAGGCAAAAAGUCUGAAAGAGUUUGACAUUCUUCAUGGUCAACAUAAAAAUAAAAUGGAAGAAAUAUCAGGAGAUAUAAAGGAAGGAUCGAAAUCUAAAAAUAGCAGUGACAGAGUGAUCUAUGAGUUAAGAGCAGAGCUAGAGAGAUUGCAGGCUGAAAAUACAUCUGAGUGGGACAAGAGGGAGAUACUUGAAACAGAAAAACUAGGACUGGAAAGAGAAAAUAGAAGGCUAAAAUUCCAAGUGAAAGACAUGGAAGAGCUCCUGGAUAGGAAAAAUAGAUUAAUUGCAAACUCUCAAGGUCCUGAUUUCAAGAAAUCACAAAUUGAACUACAGGAAAAAAACAAGGAACUGUUGGACCUUCAACAUGCCUACCAUAAACUAAGCAGGCAGCACCAGGCAAAGACGGCAGAAAUGACCCACGUCAACAACCUCAUGGAUCAAAAUGAGGCCGAAGUGAAGAAACUGAGAUUUCAAGUAGAAGAACUAAAAUGGGGACUCAACCAAAAGGAAAAUAAGCUUGAUGAUUUCCUGAAUCAGAUCCAUAAGCUCCAGAGAUCUUUGGAUGAACAGAAAGAAACAAAUGAAAACUUGGAACUUCAACUCAGGCACUUACAAAACUGUGAUUUCUAAAGACAAGAGAAAUGGCCUUGAUUUCAAGGGUGAUGCCUUUGGCUAGAAGACUGUCAUCUUGCAAAGUUUAGAAGUGGAAUAGAAAAGCUUAAAUACUGUCCAUUUUGUGAUUGUUACCCUGGUUCUGUUUUUGUCUCUGUCCUAUGGAAUUGCUACCUUUCCAACUUCACUAUUUGUAGAUCAUGAGUGUCAAAUAAUGUUCCCCUAUGCAAAGAUUUUUCUCUUUUAAGAUAACCUAAGAAUUCAGGUGAAGUUAUGUUCAAUUGUCGAGAGUUUUUCUGUAUGUUUAAUGAUUUAUAUUAGUAUCUCAAUAAUUAACUUUAUUGUUAUUAUCUCAUUUUCUAUCCUGUUUUAUGAAGGGUACCAUGGCUCUAUCCUAUUGAAUUUUUUUUUUUUUUUUUUUUUUUUUUUUUUGCGGUAUGCGGGCCUCCCACUGCUGUUGCCUCUCCCGUUGUGGAGCACAGGCUCCAGACACACAGGUCCAGAGGCCAUGGCUCACGGGCCUAGCCACUUCACGGCAUGUGGGAACUUCCCGGACCGGGGCACGAACCCGUGUUGCCUGCAUCGGCAGGUGGACUCCCAACCACUGUGCCACCAGGGAAGCCCCCCUACUGAAUUAUUUUAAUCAUCUUAUUCUGCUUGGAAAAGCAGAUAUUAUGUCCUAUAUCAUGUGGCAUAUCACAUUUAUAUAUUUAAAUGACUUUAAGGCUGUUCAUAUAUUGAUUUGAAAGCAGAGUACGGUUGACUUGGUAUUUGAUUAUAUACGUGUAUAUUGUUUACCCAAUGGAUAAUCAUGGCUUCCAUUUCUCUGCCUUCCCACUAGAUCACUUAAUGAUGAGUUGAGGUGACCCAAGGGUGUUUCUGGAAGUUGUCUCCAGCUACACGUGCCAAAUACAAGCAUAAAGCUCACUGUAUAUUUAUAAGUAUUCUACUAGAAAGACUCACAAAAAAUGUAUUUAUAUGCCAAGGCUUGGGAACAAGGUUUCAUACUAAGAAUUCGCCUGGUAACCUAGUUAGUCCUCUGUAUGCUUUUCACACCUGCCAUAGGCAUGAAAUGCCUAUGCAGCAAGGUGACUUCAUUAUAUAACAAUACCACUUUGCAACAGACUUUAAAAAUAGGCAUCCUUAUUUAACUCCUUCUGUGUGCUGUCCACUGCACUUGGUGAAUUUCCUGGGGUACGGUUAUUAUCUAUGUUAUGUAGACAAACAAAUCAAGGUUCACACAUGUACUGGAACUUGUCCAGUUACAGAUGGGUAGAACAUCGUGGGCCCGACUUUCAAGCACAUUUCUACCAGACCCUAUGGCUCAUUUUAUACUCAUUUUGUUGCACUACAACCCUGGGCCCUAGUAUAAAGACUCUGCCACGUGAGGAAGAAUAGUGGGAAAUCUGAUGCUCAGUUUUAUUUGUAUGAGAGGUAUCCCUGUGACACGGUAGCCACUGAAUUAAGGAAAUCUACUUUUGAUUCAGAAUAUUUUCUCAUAGUUGCAAACAACCUGUCAUCCCUCAAUUAAAACUAGACUUAGCUUCUCACCUAUGAUUUUGUUUACCUUGCUUGUAAACCUACAAAAUACAUUUAAUAUUUAAAAAUACAAAAAUGUAUAUGGUCUUUUGGGCUUCCCUGGCGGUGCAGUGGUUAAGAAUCUCUCUGCCAAUGCAAGGGACACAGGUUCGAGCCCUGGCCUGGGAAGAUCCCACGUGCCACGGAGCAACUAAGCCCGUGAGCCACAACUACUGAGCCUGAGCUCUAGAGCCCGCAAGCCACAACUAUGAGCCCACAUGCCACAACUACUGAAGCCUGCGCGCCUAGAGCCCGUGCUCCGCAACAAGAGCAGCCACGACAAUGAGAAGCCCUAGCACCGCAACGAAGAGCUCCCCACUCACCGCAACUAGAGAAAGCCCACACACAGCAACGAAGACCCAACACAGCCAAAAUAAAUAAAUAAAUAAAUGAUUUAUUUUUUUUAAAAAAAUGUAUAGUCUUUCGACAUUAAGGUUGCAUAAUGAUUUUCUUCCUUGAAAUUUUAACUGUUAAAAUAUAAACAGUUUAUAUUUUAAAACUGUUAAAAUAUAAACAGGUUUAUGAUUAGUAAUUUUAAGAGAUGGUAUUUUAUCCUUUACAUUGUGAAUCCUUGAUGGUUUGCAUUAAUUCACGCAUUUAAUGUUUAUUUUUGAAAUUUCACAUUUUUAUAUAUGAUCUACUUAAAAGCAUAAAGUUUUAUCAAGGAAGUUACACUACAGAUUUUUAAAAAUAAAACAGCAAAAUAAUUAAAUUAUAUGCAGUUUAUAUGCAGUUUAAGUUUUUCUUGCAAAAGGAAUUUUGGAAAUCAAUGGGUUUUGGCCAGAGAAGUUUUGAAUUAUUAUUGAUAAAAAUUAUGAAUAACUUUAUUAGUUGUGGUAUUAUUGAGCACUUUUUAAGGACCAUAAACCGAAGAUUGGCUUGCUUAUUCAAAAUUUGACCACCUGACAUUUUUUCUUCAGUAGUAUAAUACCAAAAUAUAUAUCAACAUUCUUUUCCAUUGGCCAAAUAUAAAUCCUCCCUUCCUUGUGGCAAAGAGUGACCUGCUAUUUUCGAUGCCAACUUGAAGUCCCUCUCAAUGUUAUCAACACACUCACACACAUUUUAAAACAAACAAACAAAAACUAACCUUGAAAGGUUUAAUUUUAUAAGCCACCAUUCCAUACUCACUUCUGUUUGGAAAUGUUAAGAACUCUUAACAAUUAAGUCAUUUGUAUUGUUGAGACUGUGAUUUCAUCAGUCUUGUUCUGUGACAUACAUAUUGUCAUUUUCAGCACUAUUGGUGGUAUUGCUAACCAAGGAUUUUUAAUCACAUUCGUACUUCCUCCAGCAAAGAAACAAUGGGGCUUUGAGGGAUGGUGUUUAUGUUAUGUGACCAUUUUAAGGGUCAUAUUUCCAAAAAAAGAAUCUCAGAGUCACCGUCUUUAUGCUCAUGAAACAAAUAAAAAUUUUUCUAAUAGUCUCACAACUGUAUCACAUUUUCUCUAAUAAACUGAGGACAUAAAGCAAGCAUAGAUUUGGGAGUCCAACACAGCUAUUUAUUACUUAGAAGAUGUAUGAUUUUGAGAAGUUAUUCUUAGCUCCUGCUUCUGUAUCUGUAAUAUGAAUAUUAUAUCUAUUAUAUUGAAUUAUUUUGACAGUGAAAUGUGUAAAAAUAUAUAAAAUUUAGCAUAAUUGUUAGGACAUUGAAGGAACCCAGUACAUUUCAGUUUGCUGUUGAUUACUUUGAGGAAAAGAAUCGCUCUUAUAUCUUAGCCAAGAGCUGGUGAAAAUAUUUGAAAUAUUCGGUACAGUUAUGAUAGAUAAUAUUCUUUAGGGUUUUGACUUUUAGAAUAUGCCUGUAUAGACAGGAACAAAGACACAGACGUAGAGAAUGGACUUUAGGACACGGGGAGGGGGAAGGGUAAGCUGGGACGAAGUGAGAGAGUGGCACUGACAUAUAUACACUACCAAAUGUAAAACAGAUAGCUAGUGGGAAGCAGCUGCAUAGCACAGGGAGAUCAGCUCGGUGCUUUGUGACCACCUAGAGGGGUGGGAUAGGGAGGGUGGGAGGGAGAUGCAAGAGGGAGGGAAUAUGGGGAUAUAUGUAUGCA